AUGAACAGACAAAAUCUCAACUUACUCUUGACCAUUCUUUUUUCUUAUUUGUUAAUAUCAACUAUUACCGCUUAUUCCCACAACCCUUGUACUACCACUAUCACCACGACGAUAACAGCAACUUGCACAGAUACUCCUGCUCCUACCCUUAGUUGCCCCCCAAAUGAUGAACGAAGAAAUCAUAAAAAAAAAAACCAUCGUAAAGAAGAAACGAUUACUUGUACACUUACGAAAACUGCAUGCAUUACGCCAACACCUACUAUCACUAUCACAAUAACGGCAACUUGCACAGGUACUCCUACUCCUACCCUUAGUUGUUCCCCUAAUAAUGAACGAAGAAAUUAUCAAAAAAAACUCCAUCGUAAUCAUCUAAAACAAAGCAAUAAUAAAGAAACGGUUACCUGUACACUUACGCAAACUGAAUGCACUACACCAACACCAACUUGCACACCCACACCACUUACACAAUGUAAUUCGAGCCAUCCAGAACUAUGCUGUACUAAGAGAUGUUCUAUAGCUGAUACUUCUUUCGGCUACUGUUGUUCUGCUAAUUCGGGUGAACAAUGUGAUUUUUCUCGUCCAGAUUUAUGUUGUUCCUCACUUACAUGCAGUCGCGGCACUGGUCCUUUUCCCACUUGUGUAUAA